AUGUAUUUCUGUCGCACCGGCUUCAUGAAGUACUUUUAAAGUUUCUCUUCGGCUUUGCUUUGAAACAGACUGUUAACGGAAGCCGUUAAAGCUUAUUUUAAAUAAUAUUCGUACAUUUUAAACACUAAAUUCUUGUGUUAGCCGGUAGCAUUCAUUUAUGUUUAUAUUCCUGUGUGUGUAAAAGAGACUUCUUGGCAGUUUCAAUGUGGCUGUUGUCGCUGUUUUGAGUCUUACAGAGCAUAUGAGGGGUUCAGGUUUAGUUAAGGGUGGUCUACCGGGGUUGUAUUUUAGCUGACACCUCGCUGAAUAGGGCGAAACCACCAGACAGCCUGUGUGAAUAGCUGUAUUGUGGGCGCUGGCUGGUGUGUGUGACAGUUCAGGUUCAGACCUAUAGGCCUCUUCCACAGAGGAGGGUCUUGUUAGUGUGUGUUGUUGCGGACCUAUUGGUGUCUGAGCUUUCAUUUGGCGAUACUCGUCUGUAAGGCAGGGCUUUCAUCAUCAUAGCUGUGUUCAGGCUGACACGGUGUGUCGCCGUGCUGAGGAGUAAAUUACCGGUGACAGCGAUCUGUCCUGUUGUUUAUGGUCGCGCCUUGCUGUCAGCCCGCAGUGCCGAACUUUCAUCAUCUCUGCCGAAGAUGCCGCAGACAAACAAGUCCAGGAACGCCCCAGUUUCUCCUGACUCCUCAAGCUCCGUCCAAGGUGGAGCCUCAGCAGAGGAUGCAGAGCCGGUGUCCCGGGAGGAGUGCCAGGCUGCAGGGGACGCAGGAGGAGGAGGAGGAGGAGAGAACAAUGUGGGAGACAGAGAGAUCAUCAAGUCCCCUAGUGACCCCAAAGAGUACAGAUACAUUGUGCUGGACAACGGGCUGCGAGCUCUGCUCAUCUCAGACUACAGCGGCCCAGCGGCGUCCGACGAUGAGGACUCAGAUGGAGAAGAGGAAGAGGAGGAGGAGGAGGAAUCUGGAGAUGAAACGGGGGAUGAUUCUGAGGAGGAGGAGGAAGGCGAUGACGAUGAUGAGAGGGGCAGUGAUGAUGAAGAAGAUGACAACGAGGGGAAAAAGAAGAAAGGAAACGCAGAGAAACAGUCCGCAGCAGCUCUGUGUGUUGGAGUGGGCAGCUUCAGUGACCCCAGUGACCUCCCCGGCCUCGCUCACUUUCUGGAACACAUGGUGUUCAUGGGCAGCGAGAAGUACCCCUCAGAAAAUGGCUUUGAUGCUUUCCUGAAGAAGCAUGGUGGGAGCGACAACGCCUCCACCGACUGCGAGAGGACCAUCUUCCAGUUUGACGUCCAGAGGAAAAGCUUCAAAGAAGCUCUUGACAGGUGGGCCCAGUUCUUCAUCUGCCCCCUGAUGAUCCGAGACGCCAUUGAUAGGGAGGUGGAGGCCGUCGACAGUGAGUACCAGCUGGCUAAGCCGUCGGACUCCCACAGGAAGGAAAUGCUGUUUGGCAGUUUGGCCAAACCUGGACACCCUAUGGGCAAGUUCUGCUGGGGGAAUGCCCAGACGCUGAAGCAGGAGCCAAAGAAGAAGAAGAUCAAUGUCUAUAAGCGGCUGCGCGCCUUCUGGAAGAAGCACUACUCUGCCCACUACAUGACUCUGGCUGUGCAGUCAAAAGAGAAGCUGGACACUCUGGAGGAGUGGGUGAGAGAGAUCUUCAGCAAGGUGCCUAACAAUGGUCUGUCCAAACCAGACUUCUCCGAGAUGCUGGAUCCCUUUGACACACCAGCCUUUAACCAGCUCUACAGAGUUGUCCCUGUGAGGAAAGUUCAUGCUUUGAAUAUCACCUGGGCCCUCCCCCCUCAGGAGAAACACUACAGAGUGAAGCCUCUCCACUACAUCUCAUGGCUGAUUGGCCAUGAAGGCACAGGAAGCAUCCUCUCAGUGCUCAGGAAGAAGUGCUGGGCCCUGGCUUUGUUUGGAGGAAACAGUGAGACCGGCUUUGACCAAAACACCACCUACUCUAUCUUCUCCAUCUCCAUCACCCUCACUGAUGAAGGUUUCCAAAACUUCUACGAGGUGACCCACCUGGUGUUCCAGUACCUGAAGAUGCUGCAGACGCUCAGACCCCAGCAAAGAAUAUAUGAAGAGAUUCAGAAGAUUGAAGCCAACGAGUUUCACUAUCAGGAGCAAAUUGACCCUAUAGAGUACGUGGAGGACAUUUGUGAGAACAUGCAGCUGUUCCCUAAAGAAGACUUCCUGACAGGAGAUCAGUUGAUGUUUGAGUUCAGCCCAGAAGUGAUCAGCGGAGCUUUGUCCCUCCUCACCCCUGAGAAAGCCAACCUGAUGCUGUUGUCACCAGAACAUGAGGGCCAGUGUCCCCUCAGGGAGAAGUGGUUUGGCACUCAAUACAGCGUGGAAGACAUUCGGCAGGAGUGGAUGGAGCAGUGGACAGGAAACCUGGAGCUCAACAGUGAGCUCACACUUCCUGCUGAAAACAAGUUCAUUGCCACUGACUUCACCCUGAAGCCGUCUGACUGCCCAGACACUGAGUUUCCUGUCCGGAUAGCCGACAGCGACAGGGGCUGCCUGUGGUACAGGAAGGACAACAAAUUCAAAAUCCCUAAAGCCUACAUCAGAUUUCAUCUAAUCUCUCCUGUAAUCCAGCAAUCUGCUAAGAACAUUGUCUUGUUUGACCUGCUGGUCAACAUCCUCGGCCACAACCUCGCUGAGCCGGCCUAUGAAGCCGAAGUGGCCCAGCUGGAGUAUAAACUGGUGGCCGGUGAACACGGCCUGGUCAUCAAGGUUAAAGGAUUUAACCACAAACUGCCUCUGCUGUUCCACCUGAUCAUUGACCACCUGGCUGAUUUCUCUGCCUCCCCUGAUGUCUUCAGCAUGUUCACAGAGCAGCUCAAGAAAACGUACUUCAACAUCCUCAUUAAACCCGAGAAACUCGGCAAGGAUGUGCGUUUGCUGAUCUUGGAGCACUCCCGCUGGUCCAUGGUGGAGAAGUGUCAGGCUCUGACAGCCGGUCUGACCAGCGAUGAACUCAUGGACUUCAGCCGUAAAUUCAGGGCUGAGCUGUACGCAGAGGGACUGGUGCAGGGCAACUUCAGCAGCUCUGAGUCAGAGCAGUUCCUGCAGUAUGUCAUAGAAAAGUUGCAGUUCUCCAAGCUGCCAGCAGAGGUGCCGGUGAUGUUCAGAGUCAUUGAGCUCCCUCUUAAGCACCACAUCUGUAAGGUCAAAUCACUCAAUAAGGGAGAUGCCAACUCUGAGGUCACUGUUUACUACCAGUCUGGCCCCAAGCUCUUGAGGGAACACACACUGAUGGAACUGUUGGUGAUGCACAUGGAGGAACCCUGCUUUGACUUCCUCCGCACCAAAGAGACUCUCGGGUACCACGUCUACCCCACCUGCAGAAACACCUCAGGCGUUCUAGGCUUCUCUGUCACUGUGGAAACGCAAGCCACGAAGUUCAAUACCGAGCUGGUGGAGUUAAAGAUUGAAGAGUUUUUGGCUUCAUUUGGGGAGACGCUCGAUUCGCUGACUGAGGAGGCCUUUAAUACUCAGGUGACUGCGUUAGUGAAGCUGAAGGAGUGUGAGGACACGCACCUCGGGGAGGAGGUGGAUAGGAACUGGGCCGAGGUGGUUACACAGCAGUAUGUGUUUGACAGGCUCCACAGAGAGAUCGAAGCUCUGAAGCAGAUGACCCGGGCUGAGCUGGUCUCCUGGUUCAGAGAACACAGAGGACAGAGCAGCCGCAAACUCAGCGUUCAUGUGGUGGGAUUCGGUGCUGAGGAGAACGACGAGGAGGGUGGCGGGAAGAAAGAAGGAGAAGAGGGCAAAGAGGAGGGUCUGUGUGGCUCUACCUACGGAGAGGUGUCUAAGCUCACCUUCCUGCCGCCCUCGCCCAAGAUGGCGGGCGUCGUAGCCGUCAUGGACAUCCCUGCUUUCACCAAAGACCUGCCUCUCUUCCCCUACCACAAGAUCCUCGAAUAAUCCGCCGCUCAGACUGCGAGAUAGACAGAUGGCUGUGCUUUGCCUCUCACUGAGCCACGUUCAGGGACUCUGCCUCAUUAGGGAUGCAGGCACUUAAUAUGUGGAGGUGAGGGAAGGUUGAAACAGCUUCGGCUCCUCUCUGGACCUGCUUUGUGCCUCCGGGGGCCCAGCUGUAGUUUUUACCCAUACUGUGUGCAUCAGCAGAAAGCCUGGAAGUGAUGAUAGAGUUUUUCUUUUAGCUAAGUGAUAAUCUAUUCAGCUUUCUCACACUCAAUUAUUUUAUAUCCUCAGACACCGGGAGUGUGGGAGCACUCUAUCUAUUCCUCUAUCCCGCACUGACUGAAAAUCUUUUGAAUCAAAUUUUAAUUUAUUUGGUUCUCUGAGCUCUGCUGCUAUUACAACCCCAAAUCCCUGUCUUCUCCACUGUUUGUGUUGGAGUCCAGGCUCAGUUUAAUACCGUUUAAAAACACUAAUCAACUGUGGAAACUGCAGAAACGCCGAACGCUUUGAACUCCAGAUGUGUGUGUUUGAGUGAUCGUGUGCUGGAUUUCGAGCUCUGCUGUGUACUACUGUUAUUAGCUGACCUGGAUCAUGCUCUGGUAUGAAACUGCAAAGAGAAUAAAUCAAUGAGUGAAUG